AUGAUUAAUGUUUCAAUUGAUUUACCUAACGAUAUUGAGCUCGCAGACUACAAAUUUAAUAUUCCUGGAAAAAUUGAUGUUUUAUUAGGCGCGGAAAUAUUUUAUGAGUUGCUUAGGCCAGGUCAAAUUUAUACAGGAGAUUCUCGACUACUUUUGCAAAAUACAGUGUUCGGAUAUGUCGCUAGCGGAAGUGUAGAUGAGGAGGUGAAUAACAAAAUUCACUGUGGUUUAAUUCGAGAUAGUGAUUUAAAUACAACAUUAAAGACCUUUUGGGAGUUAGAAUCAAUAGGUGUCAAGGACGAGGGUAUUACUAGUGAGGAGGACAUGAAUUUAGAAUUGUUUAAGGAAAAUAUAUGUUUUAAAAAUGGUAGGUAUGAGGUGGGACUCACGUGGAAAAGAGAUAGUAAUGAGUUGAGCGAUAAUUUUGAUUUAGCAAAAAGACGACUCAGCAGUCUUAUGAGAAAAAUGCAAAAUGAUAAGGUGUUGUAUUCUGAGUAUUGUAAAGUUUUAAAGGGUUAA